AUGCCACAACGAGACCCAGCUAAGAAGUUGGUUCCGUUAGAAAGCGGAGGUACCUCCAAUCAAGCAGUCUCUCACACCAUCCAAAGUUGUGUAGCAGGCAUCAUCAGACCAGCAUACGUUCAACCUUCACGGACGAAUCCCAAUGUCGCCAGAGUCAUCCGGUCAGACGAGCGGCGCCGGGCCGGCCAAGAGCUGUCCCGGCACAGAGGUUCUGUCUUCCUCAAGCUGGACUUCAGGUUCCUGCCGCACUCCUUUCCUCCAGACGCUUCGAUCGCCUCUCAUCUUCCCAAAGGCGUACACGUUGCUGUCGAAGCCAUCGUCCAUUUCUUCAAGCGACCUCCCCCGGCCCUCCUGGAAGAACAGAAACACGUGGGUCAUAGCGGCGACGCAGAAGGUGCCGAAGAUUAUGUAUACCCUCCACUGGAUAUUCUGGAAUGUCGGGGACGUAAGGAAAGUUAG